AUGGCGGCAGUGGCCUUAGCUGCCUUAAGAUUGGCUUCAUCUCCGGUCUUGAUGAAGCUCCUUGCUAAUGCUUCAACAUUCCUUGGAGUGGAUAUGGCGCGUGAGCUCCAUGAACUGGAGACCAUUAUGAUGCCGCAGUUCGAGCUGGUGAUUGAAGCAGCAGACAAGGGGAACCACAGGCUCAAGUUGGAUAAAUGGCUUCAGGAACUCAAAGAAGCCUUUUACCUGGCCGAGGACUUGAUGGAGGAGCAUGAGUACAACCUCCUCAAGCGCAAAGCAAAAGGGAAGGAUUCCCUGCCGGCCGAUGCCUCCUCCAUCAGCAACACUCUAAUGAACCCUCUGCGUGCUGCAUCGAGCAGGCUCUCCAAUCUGAGCUCAGAAAACAGAAAUCUAAUUAGCCAGCUGAAACAACUGAAGGCUACCCUGGCGAAAGCCAAGGACUUCCGUGAACUGCUCUGCUUACCAGCUGGUUCUAAAAUUGCAGGGAGCCCCACCGUACCAUCAGCUUCUGCUGUUCCCGAGGCUACAUCACUGCUACCUCUGAAAGUGAUUGGCCGUGACAAGGAUUGCGAUUGUAUAGUAGAUCGUCUUACCAAGACAACUGGUACUGUAGCUAGUACAGAUAUGUUCUCGGGUUUGGCCAUUGUUGGAGUUGGAGGUAUGGGAAAGUCCACAUUGGCACAGCUUGUUUACAAUGACAAGAGGGUAAAAGAAUAUUUUGAUAUGACAAUGUGGGUAAGCAUCUCACGCAAACUUGACGUCCGUCGUCAUACGCGUGAGAUCAUCGAGUCCGCCUCACAGGGUGAAUGCCCACGCAUUGAUAACCUUGAUACUCUGCAGCGCAAGUUGACAAACAUACUGCAGGAAUCAGGGAAAUUCCUGCUUGUGUUGGAUGAUGUCUGGUUUGAACCUGGCAUGGAGACGGAAUGGGAGCAACUGUUAGCUCCUCUUGUUUCCCAACAGACGGGAAGCAAAGUUUUGUUAACUUCUCGACGGCAUACAUUUCCAGCUGCUCUUUGCUGUGAAGAUGUGUUUCCACUAGAAAACAUGGAAGAUACUCAGUUCUUGGCACUCUUCAAACACUAUGCGUUCUCCGGAACAGAAAACAGAGAUCCGCUAUUGCGGGAAAGGCUCGAAGAUUUUGCAGAGAAGAUUGCCAAAAGGCUUGGGCAAUCCCCUUUGGCGGCAAAAGUUGUGGGUUCCCGGUUGAAAGGGAAAACGCAUAUCACUGCAUGGAAGGAUGCUCUAACUAUAAAGAUUGACAAAUUAAGUGUUCCCAUGAAAGCUCUGUUAUGGAGUUAUGAGAAGUUAGAUCCAUGCCUUCAGAGGUGCUUCCUAUAUUGCAGCUUAUUUCCGAAAGGCCAUAAUUAUGUUAUUGAUGAGUUGGUUCAUCUUUGGAUGGGAGAGGGCCUUUUUGACUCAUCUAACCCAAACAAUAGAGUGGACGAUAUUGGGAGGGAUUGCUUCAAUGAGAUGAUCUCUGUUUCCUUCUUUCAACCAGUCUAUGAUAAAUACAUUCGCUACUAUGUUAUGCAUGAUCUCCUUCAUGAUCUGGCGGAAUCACUCUCUAAAGAAGACUACUUCAGAUUGGAAGAUGAUAAGUUGACAGAAAUACCCUACACUGUUCGACAUCUAUCUGUUCGUGUUGAUAGUAUAAAGCAACAAAGGCAAAGUAUCAGCAAGCUACAUCAUUUACGCACUUUUAUCUGCAUAGACCCCCUAAUGGAUGAUGUAAGUGACCUUUUCAAUCAGAUAAUACAGAGCAUGAAGAAGUUGCGUGUACUAUGUUUGUCAUCUUACAGCAGUAGUAAGUUGCCAGAAUCUGUUGGUGAGUUGAAGCAUCUUCGGUACUUGAACAUCAUUAGAACACUGAUUACUGAAUUACCAAGAUCUCUAUGUACUCUUUACCACUUGCAGUUUCUUCGGUUAAAUGGCCAAGUUGAGAGCUUGCCUAAGAAACUCUGCAAUUUGAGGAAGUUACGGCAUCUUGAACGGCAUGAUGAUCGAGUAUACAGGCCAUACAGGCAAGCACUGCCUCAAAUUCCUAACAUUGGCAAGCUAACUUCGCUUCAACAACUCGAGGAAUUUUCUGUGCAAAAGAAAAAGGGAUAUGAGUUGCAACAACUGAGGGACAUGAACAAGAUUUGUGGCAGUUUAACUGUCAAAAAUCUUGAGAAUGUCGCUGGGAAGGAUCAGGCCUUGGAGUCGAAGCUGCACCAGAAAAUUCAUCUUGACAACUUGAAACUUGUCUGGAGUUGCAAGAAUAAAACGAAUUCAGAAGAUAAUUUACAUUUGGAGAUUUUAGAAGGCCUAAUGCCACCGCCUCAACUUGGAGGCCUUACAGUUGAUGGUUAUAAAUCAUCCAAAUAUCCGGUCUGGUUACUUGAUGGUUCAUAUUUUGAGAAUUUGUAUUCUUUAAGCUUUGUUAAUUGCUGUGCAUUACAAAGCCUGCCAUCCAAUACUGAGCUAUUUGGGAAUUGCACUUCACUUUCCCUCUGCAAUGUGCCAAACCUGAAGACAUUAUCUUGUCUUCCCCAAGGACUUGAAUCUUUAGAAGUAGAAAAAUGCCCACUGCUUAUAUUUAUUUCCAACGAUGAGCUGGGACAUUAUGAUCAGAGAGAGAAUAUCAUGAGGACAGACCACUUGGCAUCACAACUUCGUUUAAUCUGGGAGGUGGAUUCAGGAUCAGACAUUAGGAGUGUUCUCUCGUCGGAACAUUCAUUUCUAAAGAAGUUGGUGAUAUUGAUGCAUGCUGACGUGUCACAUGUUGAAAACCUUGGAAGUGCUCUAGAAAGAGAUAAAGGUGAACCAUUGGUUAAAGAGGAUAUCAUCAAGGCAUGGAUAUACUGUCACGAGCAGAGGAUGGGACUCGUGCAUGGAAAGAGCACUAUUGGGCUGCCACUGGUUCCACCAUCAGAUCUUAGUAAACUAUAUCUUUCAUCAUGUAGUAUUACAGAUGAAGCUUUAGCUAUUUGCCUUGAUGGCCUGGUUUCACUGAGAGUAUUGUCCUUACAUGAGAUUAUGACUUUAACUACACUUCCUUCGGAAGAGGUACUCCAACGUUUGACAAAACUUGACAUCUUGGUCCUCAGAUCUUGCUGGUGUCUCAGGUCAUUGGGGGGCUUAAGAGGUGCUACCUCUCUUUCAAGAGUUAAAUUGUAUUCCUGCCCUUCUUUAGAAUUAUCAUGUGGAUCAGAAUGUUUGCCAUCAUCCCUUAAGAGCCUCAGCGUAUCCUAUUGCAUGCUCACAGCUGACUUCCUCUGUACUGACUGGCCACACAUGGAACAAAUCGUCAUAAUCAAGUGCAGAAGCACCGCAUGCUUGUCAUUUGGCAGUCUUACCUCUGUUAAGAGAUUCUCACUCUAUCACUUACCGGAUUUAUGUACGCUGGAAGGAUUGUCUUUGCUGCAACUUGAAGGGUUACAUUUGAUUGAUGUUCCAAAACUCACCCCCGAGUGUAUGUCACAGUUUCGUGCCCAGGUAGCACUCUAUGUUAGCAGUACCAUAAUACUCAACAACAUGCUCCCGGCUGAAGGUUUCACAGUUCCAGCAUUUCUCUCUGUGGAAGGUUGCCGCGAACCAUUCAUUUCAUUCGACGAAUCCACAAAUUUCACAUCUGUCAAAAGGCUGAGAUUCUGUAAUUGUCAAAUGACUUCCCUGCCAGCAAAUCUGAACUGCUUCUUUAAUCUGAAGAAUCUCGACAUCUACGACUGCCCUAACAUGACAUCUUUACCAGAUCUGCCAUCCUCCCUCCAACACAUAUGUGUACGGGGUUGUGAACUCUUGAAUGAAAGCUGCCGGGCACCUGAUGGAGAAAGUUGGCCAAAGAUCGCGCAUAUCCGCUGGAAGGAAUUUAGUUGAAGCGUGACACUUACAAACAAAUGGAAAGGUAAAGCUCCCAUCGGCCACAUUGGAACUCCAAGAGCGCGUGAACCGUGAGAUCGUCAUCGUGCGGCUGACCAGCAAUCUCGCGUCCCACGCGGUAGGUCUUCAGUCUCUGCG